AUGGCACUUUCAUGGGUCGCGUAUACCUGCAUCGCGAUCCUCCUCGCCUCCGUCUACGUCCGCAAGCGCCUAAGCAAUCACACAUCGCAAUUGGAACGUGAUGCGCAAGCCGAGAAACCUGGUCGCCCUCGCCACAACGAUGGGUUAACUGCAUCUGCGCGCCAACUUCGCAGCAGACUCCUCGCUACCAUCCCACAUAUUACCAUCACACCGGAAAACGUAAAUGAAUUCGAAAAAUCAACGAGUGCAUAUUGGGACCAGAAAGCGCGUGAAGUUCAACCCUCGUGUGUGGUGCGGCCACGUAAUGUGUGGGAAUUGGCGCAGGCCGUUAAGAUACUCCGACAAGAAGAGGGGUUGGAACCGGUUUUUGCCGUGGCAGGGGGAGGACACAGUCCUGUUGGCGGUGCAUCGAGUAUGCAAGGUGGGGUACUUGUUGAUCUUAGUCUGUUUGACAAGGUCAUCCUAUCAGAAGGUAAAAAGAGCGUGGGUAUAGGUGCUGGAUGCCGAUGGAUCGAUGUUUAUGCAGUGCUAGAAAAAGAUGGGCUUGCGGUUGUGGGAGGGAGGAAUUCUGCCGUGGGUGUAGCGCGAUUGACGCUUGGAGGGGGUUUAUCGUUUUUCUCGCCUCAGUAUGGGUUUGUGUGCAGCAAUGUUGUCGAGUAUGAAGUUGUUCUCGCGGAUGGAUCGAUUGUCACGGCAGAUCAGCACAACAAUACGGAUCUUUGGCGUGCGCUAAAGGGCGGAGGAAACAAUUUCGGCAUCGUUACUCGAUUCACCGUUCGUACAUUUCCAUGUAUGAAUGUUUGGAGCGGAUUCGUCUACUACUCAUCUUGGAAACACCCAGAAAUUCUUUCUGCUUUCCACUCCUUCGUCGCGCGCACCACAUCCGGCGAAGCGAAUCACAGCUUCGAUCCUUAUGCCGCUGGCCCACUGGCCUGCUUUACCUAUCUCCAGUCCUACGGCAUCCAAGGCAUCGCCGUGAACCUUGUGCAUACGUCGCCGGAUCCCAAGAACAAAGGCUGGCCAAGUACUUGGCUCAAUUCCGGAUUCAAAAGCACAUUGCGAUUCUGGAGUACGUGCAAAGUGCGGACGUUGAGGGAAGCGACAGAUGAAGUGAAUGCAUUGAAUCCGCCGCAACGCCGUCAGGAAUUCGCUACUACGACGAUUAAAAAUGACUUGGACACAUUGACGGCGACACAUACGGUGUAUCGCAAUGCCAUUCAAAAAAUCCGACAACACAAUGUCAAGGGCAUGGCUUGGACACUCGUGCUUCAACCACUACUUCCUACCUGGACAUGCAAGGGCGACGCUAACCCCAUGGGACUUGACGACAAGGACGAAGAAGCCUUGGUCAUUGUAAGUUUUACGGUGAACUGGGCGCUAAGUAAAGACGAUGAUGUCGUGCAAGACAUCAUAAGAGCAGCGAUUGGGCAGAUAGAUGCGUACGCUCGGAAAAGGGGAACACAGCAUAAAUACCGGUACAUGAACUACUGUGCAAAGUGGCAGAAGCCGUUUGAAGGGUACGGAGAAGAAGAUCUGGAAUCUCUUCACCGCGUUAGAAGAGAAGUCGACCCCGAGGGCUUAUUCCAACAUGGAUGCAGCGGAGGAUUCAAACUCGGCAUGUAA